ACCAUCUCGUUUCUCAUCGUCUUACAGGUCGCGCGACACCUCUCGCGCUCCCCUCCCUCGUCUUCUCCUUUCCCCUCUACUUCUUCUUCCGACAUUUUUUUUAAAAAAAAAAGAAUUUUCACUCAUUUUCUUUUCCGCCGGUCCCGACGAAGGUGUAGGGAGAGGGAGAGGGAGAGGGAGAGGACAUGGCUCUGAAGUUUCUGAACAAGAAGGGAUGGCACACGGGGAGCCUCCGCAACAUCGAGAACGUGUGGAAGGCGGAGCAGAAGCACGAGGCCGAGCAGCGCAAGCUCGAGGAGCUCCGCAAGCAGAUCCAGGACGAGCGCGAGCGAUCCGAGUUCCGCCUCCUCCAGGAGCAAGCCGGACUCGUCCCGAAGCAGGAGCGGUUGGAUUUCCUCUACGAGUCGGGUUUGGGCGUGGGUAAAGGGAGCUCCGAUGGAUUCAAGGCGCUGCAGCCUGCGGCUGCUCCUCCUCCUCCGGCGCCCGCCGCCGAGGCUAGCUCCUCCAAGUCGCAGUCAGGUGCUCCCGGGGCUUUGUUUGAAGAUAAGCCCCAGUCGGCAAAUGAUGCGUGGAGGAAACUCCACUCUGAUCCCUUGCUACUCAUUCGACAACGUGAGCAGGAAGCCGUCGCCCGGAUAAAGAACAACCCCAUCAAGAUGGCGAUGAUAAAGAAAUCUGUAGAAGUUGAGAAGAAACAGAAGCAAGAAAAGAAGGAAAAACGAGAAAAGAAAAGGGACAGGAAGCAUCAUCAUGACAAGUCAAAGAGCGACAAGUACCCAUCCAACGCUCGCUCGGAUUCAGAAGACAUGAGUGAUGGUGAGGAAGAGAAAAGAAAGAGAGAUCGUCCAUCCAGUGCUCAGAGAGAGUAUAGUAAAUCAAAGCACGGAAAACACUCUAGGACUUACCCAGAUUCUGAGGAUAUCAAGGAGAGAAGAAAGAGCGACCUUCAGUUAGUCAAUCAUGAUAAGCAUGCGCACAGAGAUCGAUCAGAUUCAGAGGACAUCGAGGAGAGAAGAAAAAGGGACCAUCAGUCAGUUAAGCAUGAUAAGCAUGCGCGCAGAGAUCGAUCAGAUUCAAGAGACGUAGUUGAUGGUAAAGAGGAGAGAAGAACCAGACAUUAUUCAACAUCAGAUCAUCAUCAUAGUAACCCGAAGUAUGAAAAGAAUUUGUCAGAAGUUUACACCCAUUCAAGAGAUAGAAAAGGCAACAGUUCAAGAGAUGGAAAAGUGGAAGAUAGAAGAGAGAGUGAACAACAGAAGGCUGAAGAAAGGGAAACAAACCAACAUAACACACAUCAGGGAGCUGGCUAUAAUCGGCAUCGUCGGGGUGUUGUAAAGAUGACGGAGGAAGAGAGGGCAGCCCGGCUACGAGAGAUGCAGCUUGAUGCAGAGCUCCAUGAGGAGCAGAGGUGGAAGCGCCUAAAGAAAGCGGCAGAUGCCGAUGUGCAAGAGGCAAUGAGAGCAAACUCGUCGAGGGGAAAGAACUUCUUAGAUGAGGCUCAGAAGAGUAUAUUUGGAACAGAGAAAGGGGGCAGCUCUACAAUCGAAGAGAGUGUUCGGCGGCGGGCUUAUUACUCACAAGGGGGGUUGGCCGCCACCGAAAGUAAUGCGUUCAGGCGGUGAGCCUGUUAAGGGUGUUUGUAGCAAUAAACCUGUGGUGUUUCUUAUCUCCUCAUGACAGGAAUUCAUCAUGUUUCUCGAGGCUGAAUUCAAUUGACACGGGAGGCAACAAGAGCGGAGCUAAAUAGUUUUGCCUAAGACUAUUUAAGACAAUAGAAAGCUGUUGGCUAUCGAAAGGUACGUCAGGUUACACUCGUGCAGCAGCAUCGAAAACUGUGUUUGUGAAAGCAUGUUUCCUUUCUUUUUCAAAAUGCCUUAAUUUAGUGGUGGCCCCUGUGGGUUACAUUGGUGUCUUUACAUGUUCAAUAUUUGAAUGAAUCAGUUGAUUGCCUUAGUCUGAUUAAUGGAUUGUAAUAUUGUAUUAGUGACCGAUUGUUUACUCUGAUUGGUAUUAUCCCUACUUACGCCUCACCAUUUGUCAUUCA